AUGGCGACCGACCUGGAGAAUGCUAUUGAGAAAGUAUUGCAAGAUUUCAAGAUUCAAACGUUAAAGGAGGAACAGAAGGAUAUUUUAUUGACAGCUCUGAAUAAUAAAGACUGCAUGGCAAUUUUACCAACCGGAUAUGGGAAGUCGUUGCCAUAUCAGAUGUUGAUACCUGUCCGAAAACAGUUGCAGAUUCAGAGAUCCCCAGACUUAGACUCUUACAACGUCGGAAAGAUUAUCGUUUGUUCGCCUUUAAUUGCGUUAAUGCAAGAUCAAGUGGAUAGAUUGAACUCUAUUCCAAAUGUUAAAGCAGUUUACAAAGGCGAGAGUAAAGACAGUGACCAUAUUAUUGCGGAGGGCAAGUUUGAUUAUCUUAUUGCAUCGCCAGAGGUAUUGGUUGGCAACAGUGGCUUCCGGCGGGUGACUGGAAAAACCCGAAACCCCCCGAUUUUUGGAGAAUACCCAUACAGGAGGGGUGAAACCCCAAUAAAGUGGUGGAAACCCCAUAAAAUUGAACAGGAAGCUGUUGUAGGACCUGUUGGGAGAGUAAUUAAUGGAGCUGUUGAAGGACUCAGGAUGGGUACAGGAUGGCUUGUAGCUGGUGUAAUUGAUGGAGCUGAAGCAGGAGGAAUUGAUGAAGCUGCAUUCGGGAUGGGUGCUGGAAUUGACGGAGCUGAUGCAGGCCCCCAA